CAUUGUUAUUUAGAGCAGAGAAAAACAAAAUCUUUGUGGAUGUGGAUUAUAUUUGCGGCAUCCUAAGCCCUCUCCUCUGAUUAUGUCUGUUGCUUUCCGCUUUCCUCUCUGACAACAUCUCUGUAAUAGCCUGAUCAGAUCUCACAUCACACCACACGACGGUCCAUCCAACACAAACGACAACUCUCAACUCUCAAACACGCUCUCCUUUCUCGUACUCAUGCCUAUGGCGGCACCUCUCACACCUUCUUCACUUUCCCUCGGUCCUUGUCAUAGUAAUUCGUGCUAUGCAGAAGGGAUUUAUGGUUGGACUUCUUGUGGGAUUUCAAACAAAUUCAAGAAACCUCAUUUAGAUGGUCGAAUGCUUUCUGGGUAUUCCGGCGGCAUAAGAAAUCCGCUUUUGGGGUCAACCCAAUUCCAAUGGUUGUCUAUUGGACACGACCUUUCCCUCUGGAAAGUUUCCGUUGCUGCUGAUUACUCAGAUUCUGUCCCGGAUUCGUCGAAUUACAUGACUAACAGUGGUUAUCAUCCUCUCGAAGACUUGACAGUAAGCAAUAAGGUCUGGGAGACUAAACUCACUUCUGCUGAAACUGCGAGGACAACGGUUGAGGCCAAUGGCAGUGCUUUGCUGAUAUUUCCUGGGACAGUACAUUCAGAACCACAUGAACAAAUAUCAUGGGCUGAGUUUCAAUAUGUUGUCGAUGAUUAUGGAGAUAUGUAUUUUGAAAUAUUUGAUGAUGCAAACAUCUUGGAAGACCCUGCAGCUAGUAACCCGGUGAAUGUUUUGAUCGGGAUGGAUAUGCCAAUAUAUGAGAACAGAAGGAUAACUGGUGAAUACAGCAUUUUAGAUAGUGAUAUUGAUGAACUGCUCUUUGAUGAUGAUUAUUUUGAGGUGGUAGAUUCAGAAGUUUCUGAAGUUCCAGUAGAAUGGGCAGCUCCACAUGCUUCUAGUCUAAUUCAUCCUAUUUACUUUGCCAAGUGCUUGACAAAAGUCGUUAAUAUGGAAUAUGAUAGGGAAAUGGAUCAUCCAUCAAAUGGUGUUUCUAUAUUGGGAUGUCUCAGACCGACUUUUGCAGACGAAGAAUCAUAUAUAAGAAGAUUAUUUCACCAUGAAGAUGGUGAUGAAUACCUUUCCGAUUGGUCAGAUGGUGAAAUUUUGAAUUUGGAGUCAAAAGGUGAUCGAAGCAACAAUGGAUCAACCCUAUACAGGUUGGAGAUAUUGAGAAUAGAGCUUUUCUCUGUAUACGGCUUUCAGUCUGCAAUUAGUUUGCAAGACUUUCAAGAUGCAGAGCCUGAUUUUCUUGUGCAUUCUACUUCAGCAAUUGUAGAGCGCUUCAGUGAAAAAGGCAUUAGGUGUGAUGUUGCUCUUAAAGCGCUUUGCAAAAAGAAAGGUCUGCGGGCUGAGGGAGCUAAUUUGAUUGGCGUUGACAGUCUCGGAAUGGAUGUUAGAGUUUCUGUUGGGCGGGAAGUACAGACUCAUCGUUUUCCCUUCAAAGUUCGGGCCACUUCUGAAGUUGCAGCAGAAAAGCAGAUUCAACAACUUUUGUUUGCGCGGUCUCGCCGUAAGAAAUUAAGAAGUCAUGGGACUAGCUUAAGAUACCCUGCUUUUUAACACUUACUGCAUCUUUUGUAUUGUUAGAAUGGAGAAUAAAUCUUCAGAAUCAACUCUUGUGGCAUGAAACUAUUUAUUUGAUUAUUUUUUCUUUACCUUUUAGGGAAGGGGGAGAUCAAAUCCUUUUUUGUACAUUAGUAUUGAUAUUGUACAGCUUUUAACUUUUCCUGCAAAUAAAGAAGAAAGGUAGAUGAUGAUCAA